AUGUGUAUACUUUGCGUGAUUCAGAAGUGGUCGAGGAGGAUUGCUACCAUGCUGCCAUGGCUAGUAAUUCCACUGAUUGCCCUGUGGGCCCUGUCUCAGCUCCUACCGCCUGCGUUUCGGUUUGAAAUCACGUCUCCACGGCUUGCCUGUGUGUUAGUCCUGUUGGUAACCCUCUUUUGGUACGAGGUUCUGAUGCCUCAGCUAUCAGCUUGGCGGAUCAGGAGGAAUGCUAGGCUUAGGGAGAGGAAGAGGUUCGAGGCUAUGGAGUUGCAGAAACUGAGGAAGACUGCAACUCGGAGGUGUAGAAAUUGCCUGACUGCAUAUCGGGAUCAGAAUCCUGGUGGGGGUAAGUUUAUGUGCUCCUACUGCGGCCAUAUUUCGAAAAGGCCGGUCCUGGACUUGCCCGUGCCACCAGGGAUGGGCAAUUCGGGGAUUCUGAAAGAUCUGGUGGGCAAAGGCGGGAAGAUAUUGAAUGGAAAGGCUUGGUCUGAUAACGGGUGGAUGUGCGGGCAGGAUUGGCUGGAGAAUGGGAACUGGGCCGCCGGGCCUUUUGCUGGGAAAUCAAGUUAUGGGAAAAGGAGUGGCGGGGGCUUGUUUGGUGGGGAUGACAACCAUUGUCUGGCUGAGAAGUCUUAUUCUCGUGUUUUUAUUUUUGCCUGCAGGGCACUAACAGCAGUUUUCUUGUGUGUCGUGUGGGUUUGGAGAAAGAUUUUUAGGGUUAGUUCCUCCGGAGAUGAUGCUUUAGCCGAUGCAGAUUGCCGAGAAAUGUUGGAUAAUAGAGGUGAGAAUGGUGGGAGUGGUCAGGAGAGCAGAGGAGAGAAAGCUCGAAGGAAAGCCGAGGAGAAGAGGCAGGCUAGAUUAGAGAAGGAGCUAUUAGAGGAGGAGGAAAGAAAGCAAAGAGAGGAGGUUGCGAGGUUAGUUGAAGAAAGAAGGAGACUACGGGAUGAAAAAAUGGAGGCUGAAAAAGAUUAUGGAAAGGGUGGUUCACCUCGUGCGAAGGCACGGGAUAGCAAAAAGGAAGCUGAAAGGAAGCGUCAAGAAAGGAAGAAGGAGAGGGAUAAGGGGUCCAGCAAGAGAAAUUCUGAUGCUGAGGAGUUGGAAAGGAGAGCAGGCAACCAAACCAUUAAGAAUGAAAGGGGGCAACACACCAGUACACCUGAUAGUGUGAGAACUAAUGGCAGUGAAAUGGGGCAUGGGUAUAAGGGUGCUGGUGCAGCCAUUCAUGGCCGAGGGAAUGCUGGGACGAGAUACUUUGAUAGGAUGAGGGGAACCUUUCUAUCUUCUUCUAGGGCAUUCACAGGAGGCGGUUUCUUUGGGAAGAGUACAAACACUUCUACUAUUUCUAGAGAUCACAAAACUAGUGGAUUGGUAGGAACUGUUCAAUCUUCGACCUAUAGGAAAGAAAUACCAGAACGGGUUUCUGGGCGAUCAAUCGGAAAUGGAGAUGAUAAGAGUGCUAAUCGCCCUAUACUCAUUGAAUCUCAACCAAGUACAGCACCUAAAAAAUCAUGGCAGCAAUUAUUCACUCGCUCAUCUGCUGGUUCUCCAUCAUCACCCUCAAAUCCUAAUGUCAUAAGCAGACCAACAGGGAACCACAAAUCAGAAGUUCAAAACCAGCCCGUUUCUGGCCAACUCACCUCAACACAAUCAUUUGACAACCCUAUUAAUUUUGGUCUGGCAAAUCCGUUUAGUUUACCUUCAUUUCCUUUUGUAUCUACUAAUGGCACCAGUACUAUUCCUCCAGUUACCUCUGGUGGCAUGCUUCCUAAAAUGUCAGAUUCCCCGCACCAGCGUUUACCAGAGGAGUUGGAGAUAUUUGAAGACCCUUGUUAUGUUCCGGACCCUAUAUCCUUGCUUGGGCCCGUCUCAGAAUCGCUUGAUAACUUUCAGCUGGAUCGGGGUUUUGCAACCGAUCCUAGAUUUGAAAAACCAGGCCCUGUGAAGACUAAAGCUUCACCUUCUGUGGUUACCAAGCCAUCACCGAUUGAGUCUCCAUUGUCACGAUCACGUGUGUCUGAGGAACGGCAUGCCAAUUGUCUCCUUUUCCCGGGUAGCCCAAAGGACCAGGACAAUAAUUUUGUCAACACAAAUGACAAUCGAACAUGGCAGAUGUGGAAUAGCUCUCCCCUUGGACAGGAUGGUCUUGGUAUAGUUGGUGGGCCUGCCAUUGGUUGGCAUCUGUAUCCAGAGAUGAACUUGCUGAAAAAGGAAGAUCACAUCCAUCCAGUCCCUCGUAAAACAAUGGCAUCUCUGUUCAAGAAAGAUGAGCAAGCUAUGCCUAAUGGUCAUCCUUCACAGAAUGUUUUGUUUGGACAUGCUCCGAAUGGUGGAGCAUUUAAUACAUCUUUGCCUUCUAAUGUGGAUGAUUCGUGGUUGCCAAGAACUUUAUUUGGACCGAAUAUAGGUCCCGAAAAUCAGAAUCUGCCGAAGCCUAAGGAGGAUGCUUUUAAGAAUGGCCUUAUUUAUGGAAAUUCCAGUGUUCCUACUGCUAACCAACAAUAUGACCUGUCUGCUGCGGAUUCGUGGCCUAAAAAAGACUGGACUGUGCAGGGGUCACGAGAUGGUGUUGGAAACUCUCCGGUCAGUAGGCUCCACAUUGGAGGCCUGUACACCCCGCCAGAUGUACAGUCUCUUUGGUGA